AUGGAGCCAAAGUGCACCAUCAACUGUCGCCGCCCGGAGUUCGUUCCGACCCCUCUGCCGGAGAGUCCUCGAGUGCCAAUGGAGUUUCUGUCACGCUCAUGGAGUGCCUCAGCUCUUGAGGUCUCCAAAGCUCUCUCACAUCACCACCCUUCUCUCUCCUCUUCUUGCAUGCCUAAUUCAAACAACACUAACAACACUUCCAUUCCUGAAGAAACUGUUCCCAACAACAGCAACAACCACAACUUUCUCUCCGAAGAUUUCUCCGCCAUGUCUAAGAAUCAGUUCUCUUUUGCUUCCUCUGCCACCUCUCAGCUUGUCCUUGAACGCAUUAUGUCACAGUCCGCAAGAGAGGAAGUGUCUCCGUUAACGUCGGGUAGAUUAUCUCACAGCAGUGAGCCUUUGAAUGGUGGUGGUUCCUUAACCGGUACAGAUAGCCCUCCGAUUUCGCCUUCAGAAGAGUAUGAUGACGUUGUUAAGUUUUUUCGGGCAAAUAACUCCAUUCACCCGUUAUUCAAUGGUGGACGAGCCAGUGCAACUAUUGGCAAUGGCACAGCAUGCUCAGGACCUAAAACUGUUGGAAGAUGGUUGAAGGACCGAAGAGAAAAGAAGAAAGAAGAAAACAGAACCCAUACUGCUCAGCUGCAUGCCACUAUUUCAGUGGCUGCAGUGGCUGCUGCCGUUGCAGCUAUUGCGGCUGCAACAGCAGGAUCGUCUGCUCCCAGCAAGGAUGAGAAGAUGGCAAAGACUGACAUGGCUGUUGCUUCUGCAGCCACAUUAGUUGCUGCACAGUGUGUAGAGGCUGCAGAGGCUAUGGGGGCCGAGCGUGACCACCUAGCUUCUGUGGUCAGCUCUGCUGUGAAUGUCCGUUCUCAUGAUGAUAUCACUACUCUUACAGCUGCAGCUGCCACAGCUCUACGAGGAGCAGCAACCUUGAAAGCAAGAGCUUUGAAGGAGGUAUGGAAUAUAGCCACAGUGACACCACUAGAGCGAGGCAUCGGGGGAAUUGGACUAUGUGGUAAAAGUAUUAACAGCAAUACUAGCAACACCAGCACUAGUGAUAGUGGGGAAGUUUUCAAUGGAGAAAAUUUUCUAGGUGCCUGCAGCCAAGAGCUCAUUGCAAAGGGCAGUGAAUUACUGAAGCGCACCCGUAAAGGUGAUCUUCACUGGAAAAUAGUGUCUGUCUAUAUACAUCGUACAGGCCAGGUAAUGCUGAAAAUGAAGAGCAGACAUGUGGCAGGAACCAUUACCAAAAAGAAAAAGAAUGUUGUGCUAGAUAUAUGCACGGAUUUACCAGCAUGGCCAGGGAGACAUCUGUUUGAUGAUGGUGAAAAGCGACGGUACUUUGGAUUGAAGACUGACCAAAGGGGGAUUGUGGAGUUUGAGUGUCGAAAUCAAAGAGAAUAUGACAUCUGGACACAAGGGGUUUCGAGGCUACUCUCCAUUGUAGCACAAAGACAAAAUAGAUAUGGGAAUUGA